AUGGGUGCUCCGUCUUUUUUUCUUGGCAUUGAGACGGUCUCCAAGGAUGGUGGUUUGUUUCUUUCUCAGCAGCGAUACAUGCGAGAUAUUUUGAGCCGUGCAGGUAUGGUGGACUGUAAACCGUUGGCUACUCCGGUUCCUGUGUCUCGACCUUCUUCUGAUUCUGUGGUUCCCUAUGCGGAUCCCACGCAGUAUCGCAGUCUUGCUGGGGCUCUACAGUAUCUUACUGUUACUCGUCCGGAUCUCUCUUUUACCGUGAAUCGGGUCUAUCAGCAUAUGCACUCUCCAACCACUGAGCAUUGGGCUAUGCUCAAGCGUGUUCUGCGGUAUGUAAAAGGAACUCUGCACUUUGGUCUUUUUAUUCGUCCUUCCUCCUCUGUUGCGGUUCAUGCCUUUUCGGAUUCGGACUGGGCUGGUGAUCCAGCUGACAGGAAGUCUACUAGUGGUUUUGCGGUUUUUCUUGGUGGCAAUCUGAUUUCCUGGUCUUGUCGGAAGCAACGCACGGUUGCUCGUUCGUCUACAGAGGCUGAAUACAAGGCUCUGGCUGAUGUGUCUGCGGAGGUCACCUGGUUGGUUUCUCUGUUGCACGAGCUUGGAGUGUCAUUGGCUGCUCCUCCCACUCUCUGGUGUGAUAAUUUGGAGGGUUUUGCAGUGCUACUGCCGAAGCCGAAGACGAUGAACGGCGACGAUGGUUACGUUCUUGAGGAUGUUCCUCACUUGUCGAAUUAUGUUCCAAACCUCCCUGGAUGUAUAAAUACUUUCAAUGGUUACGGUGGCCUGUUGUUUGAUAGUCACAUUCUCUUGGAAAUUCCAUUAGGAUCCUGCUAG